UUGGGACAAGCGUGAGCUCCGACGCAGCUAUUGAGAGGUACCUCCUGCUGAUGUUCAAAAGAAGAAGGUAGUUCCACCUUCACACUGAGCCUGCCACUUGUCCAAAGGAAGACUCGUCUCACCCGGGCUCAGACAAGGAGCCUCUACUUCUUUAGAAGCAGCCUUCCAGACAACUGUCCUCAAGCAGAACAGCAGUGACUUCAACUUUUCACCUCUACUGCACCCUUCUUUCACCCUUCCCUUCCACCCUCUAUCUUUGUGUCUCAGGUGUGUGUUCGGCCUGUGAGCAGUGAUGGGGGACUGGAGUCUCCUGGGGAAUUUCCUAGAGGAGGUCCAGGAACACUCCACCUCGGUGGGGAAGGUGUGGCUCACCAUCCUCUUCAUCUUUCGCAUCCUGGUGCUGGGCACAGCGGCCGAGUCCUCGUGGGGCGACGAGCAGAGCGAUUUCCUGUGCGACACCCAGCAGCCUGGUUGCACUAAUGUAUGUUAUGACAGCGCCUUCCCCAUUGCCCACAUCCGUUACUGGGUGCUGCAGAUUGUUUUUGUCUCCACGCCAUCCCUCAUCUACAUGGGCCACGCCAUGCACACAGUGCGCCGAGAGGAGAAGCGGAGGAGGCAGGAGCAGGAAGAGAAGGAGGCAAGAGGUGAGGGUGGCGAAGACCUGGAGGGGGAGAAGAAGUACCUCCAGCAGAAGGAGAUGACAUCUGGACCUGAUGGGACUGGCCGUGUUCGUCUGAAAGGGGCGCUGCUGCAGACUUACAUCCUGAGCAUCUUGAUCCGCACUGUGAUGGAGGUGACGUUCAUUGUUGUGCAGUACCUGAUCUAUGGGGUGUUCCUCAAAGCGCUGUACCUGUGCAAGUCAUGGCCCUGCCCCAACCCAGUCAACUGCUACAUGUCCCGGCCCACAGAGAAGAAUGUCUUCAUCAUCUUCAUGCUGGUGGUGGCUGGUGUGUCUCUACUGCUCUCUGUGUUGGAGCUCUACCACCUUGGCUGGAAGAGUGCCCGAGGGUGUGUACGCAAAAAGAUGAUGCAGAAGGACAACCACAGAGCAGUGACCGUGUCCGUGUCUGCAGCUUUGGAACCAAGCAGCCCACCGCGGCCCGCAGCCGCCUGCACCCCACCUCCUGAUUUCAGCCAGUGCUUGGCGGCCCCGAGCUCCAUGAACCCCAUGACCUCCAUGGCAUCUCACCCCUUCAACACCAGGAUGGCGCUGCAGCAGAACUCAGUCAACAUGGCCACCGAGCUGCAUCACAGCUGCGACAACCUGGAGGACGAGGAAGACUUCCUGAGGAUGAGAUACGACCAGGCGCCCACGGAGCUGCCUAACAGCUGCUCCCCGUCACCUCUGAUGCACUCCGGCUACAUGAAGGACAAACGCCGCCUGAGCAAGACCAGCGGUACCAGCAGCCGGGCUCGCCAAGAUGACCUGGCAGUAUAGGCCCAUGGCCAGAAGGAGGGAGGGCCGGACCUAAAGAACCAAAGAGAAGCAACAGAAACAUCAGUUUAGCAAGAGACAAAUACGAGACUAAGUGUUAUUCCUGAAUGAAGAUUUCAGAACGCAGACUCUGGCAUUUAGUCCUGACACUUGACUAUAGAAGAUGGACCACAUUAGAAAUAUACACUGAUAUCUGUGAGUGGACCAUGUAAACUUGACGUGUGUGAGCUCUGUGAACAGUCCGUCCAAGAGCUUGAAAAACUGACAACCAAACUGCAAAAGGAAAAUAAUUUUGAAAUGAGAGCAGGGUAACACGGUGUGAUACCUGACUAUUGCACAUUUUAUGUUUUACUUAAAAAAAAAAAAAA